AUGUCCGACAGUGACGACGAAUUUUCACCCGAACUUACAGAGCAAGAAAAAGCUGCAAGAGCUAAAGAGGAAGCAGAGCAAGCUGCCUUGCCUUAUCGCUGGAAACAAACCCUACAGGAUGUUGAUGUCACAAUACCGGUUACCCCAGGUACACGAGGUCGUGACUUGAAUGUUGUCAUAAAAAGAAAACAUUUGACGGUUGGUUUAAAAGGAAAGCCACCUAUUAUUGACGGAGAAUUAUGCAAAGAAGUAAAGGUUGAUGAUAGCACAUGGACUCUUGAUUCCCAAAAGGAAAUAAAUAUUCAUCUGGAGAAGGUUCAUGGCACGGAAUGGUGGCGUAAUGUGAUUGCCACAGAUCCAGCCAUCGACACUACAAAGAUCCAACCAGAAAACUCAAAAUUGAGUGAUUUGGAUGGAGAGACCCGUGCAAUGGUUGAAAAGAUGAUGUUUGAUCAACGCCAAAAGCAACUCGGCAAAGAAACAUCUGAGGAAAUACAAAAAAAAGCGAUGCUGGAAAAGUUUAAAGCGCAACAUCCGGAACUUGAUCUCUCGAACGCUAAAAUUUCUUGA